AGUCAAUAAAAUUUUUAUACAUGGCGCUUUGUUUUUUUAAAUUUUUUUCCAAGAAUUGUAUGAACUUGAAAUUUUUGGUUUAAAAAUAGGAAAAAGACGUAAUAUUUUAUAGUAAAGUUCUCUAUCGUCGAGUUCACAUCCUGAAGAUUCAUUCCAAGAUUGAAACACAAUGGACGAUGACGGUGGCUUCGUUUUCGACGCAGAAGAUCCGGCUGAAAAACCCGAAGACUUAUGGAAUACUCGUGAGCUAACUAUAUACGCCAUCGAUUGCACCGAAUCCAUGUUCAAGUCCAAAUACGACGACGACUCUUUCUUCAGGUUAUGCCUAAAAUGCCUCAAAUCAAUCUAUAUGAAUAAAGUAAUCGGCCAAAGUAACGAUCUAAUCGGAAUCGUGUUAUUCGGCACCGAAACCAGCGAACCGGAUCUUAGUUUUCAACACAUUCGCACGUUCAGCGAACCCAAAGUAUCGGAUGCAGAUGUGGUGAAAAAAUUAGAAAACAUGAUUAGGUCGCCGAAUUAUUGCGAUUUCUCUAUCGUUUUCGGUCACAACGACGAUUACGUUUUAUCAGACGUCUUAUGGCAUUCUUCGCUGUUGAUUAACAAAUGCACAGCUAAAGUCAAAACUAAACAAAUAGUCUUGAUGACGUGUAACGACGAUCCCCACAAGAACAGCAGCUCGAAACAACAUCAAGCUAGAAAGAAAGCCGAAGAUUUGGAUGGGUUAGGUAUCCAACUAGAUAUUCUACCUUUUGGCGACUCGUUCAACGGUGAUGUUUUCUACAAAGAGAUAUUAAAGAUCGUCAACGGCGAAGAUAUAACCUUACCAGACGGUAGACAGAAAGUGGAAGAGCUCCUGGCUCGUACUUAUCGUAAAGAUUACAAAAAACGUUCUCUUAGUAAAACCCAGCUUUGUUUAGGGAACGAUAUACGUAUAGGUAUCGAAGUGUAUAACUUUUAUCGUCGGCUUUACAUACCAUCCAUAAUGAAACUCGAUCGUAGAUCGAAUGAACCUCUGAAAAGCGUCGUACAAACGUACAACACCGAAACAGGCGAACGUUUGCUGAAAUCGGACCUGAAUAAAUGCGUCGAAGUUGGCAGUAAAUCUAUCUCUUUCAAUACCGAGGAAUUGAAUAAAUUACAAAUGAGCGGAAAACGAGGUCUUACGUUGCUGGGAUUCAAAUCAUUGGCGUAUUUACAACCAGAACACCAUCUAAAAGAACCUUCCUUCAUUUACCCCAACGACGAACUCGUCAAAGGCAGCACAAACGUAUUCGCAGCUUUACUAAAAAAAUGUUUGGAAAAACAGAAAUUUGCCUUGUGCUAUUACGUAACUAGAGAACAAGGCAGAUCUAAUUUAAUCGCUUUAGUACCUCAACCUGAGAAAUGCGAAGGUAACGUUCAAAUUAUGCCGGCUGGAUUCCAUCUUAUUUAUUUACCUUACGCUGAUAAUAUUCGCGAAAUACAAUCACUACCUACUAAAACCUCGCUGGAACCUGAGCAAAUCGAUAUUUGCAAAAAAAUCGUUAAAAAGCUAUCCUUCAAGUACGAUCCUCAGAGGAUAGAAAAUCCAAAAGUGCAGCAUCACUGGGCUAACAUAGAAGCCUUAGCUUUGGAUCAAGAGAAACGUGAAGUUAACGAUGAUACACUUUGUGAUUUCGAAUUCGUUUCAGAAAGAUUAGCUAGCUUGGAAUCGUGUUUCUUGGAUGCUUUUUACCCAGAUGGUUAUGAUCCUGAAUUAGAAUUGACUAAGAAGAGGAAAAAUCCAGCCUCCGAAGGUAGUCGUAGGGCAGCUAAAGUACCCCGAGUGCAAAUUGAUCCUUCUGAUCCAUUAUACGUAGAGAAAAUGGUCAAGAGUGGACAAGGUGACAAGUUGAAAGUAAAUGAAUUGAAAACUUAUCUUCUUGAAAAUAAUGUUAAUGUUAAAGGAUACAAAAAAGGUGAUAUGUUGAACUGUGUAAAUGAUUUGCUCGGUAUUGAUGCCUGAAAUUUAUUUUUCAAUAAUGUGUUCCGGUUUUUGCGCACUGAUUAUUAAUUAUAUUCGUUGUUCUAGUACACCGUGAUUCCUAAUAUAUUCUAUGUUCCUCUUG